UCCCCGGGCUGUCGCAAUUUGAAUUGGGGCGUGUCUAGAAAGAGAAACCACAGUCGGCAAGCGCCGCUGGGGCGUCCUGUUCUGGUGCCGCUGCAGCCGGCAGAGAUGGUUGAGCUCCUGCUGCUGCUGUUGCUCCUCGUUCUGCCCUUCCUUCUGUAUAUGGCUGCGCCCCAAAUCAGGAAAAUGCUGUCCAGUGGGGUGUGUACAUCAGCUGUUCAGCUCCCUGGGAAAGUAGUUGUGGUCACUGGAGCUAAUACAGGUAUCGGGAAGGAGACAGCCAAAGAGCUGGCUCAGAGAGGAGCUCGAGUAUAUUUAGCUUGCCGGGAUGUGGAAAAGGGGGAGUUGGUGGCCAAAGAGAUCCAGACCACGACGGGGAACCAGCAGGUGUUGGUGCGGAAACUGGACCUGUCUGAUACUAAGUCUAUUCGAGCUUUUGCUAAGGGCUUCUUAGCCGAGGAAAAGCACCUCCACAUUUUGAUCAACAAUGCAGGAGUGAUGAUGUGUCCCUACUCGAAGACAGCAGAUGGCUUUGAGAUGCACAUAGGAGUCAACCACUUGGGUCACUUCCUCCUGACCCAUCUGCUGCUAGAGAAACUAAAGGAAUCAGCCCCAUCAAGAAUAGUAAAUGUGUCUUCCCUCGCACAUCACCUGGGAAGGAUCCACUUCCAUAACCUACAGGGCGAGAAGUUCUACAAUGCAGGCCUGGCCUACUGUCACAGCAAGCUAGCCAACAUCCUUUUCACCCAGGAACUGGCCCGGAGGCUAAAAGGCUCUGGCGUUACGACGUAUUCUGUACACCCUGGCACAGUCCAAUCUGAACUGGUUCGGCACUCAUCUUUCAUGAGAUGGAUGUGGUGGCUUUUCUCCUUUUUCAUCAAGACUCCUCAGCAGGGAGCCCAGACUAGCCUGCACUGUGCCUUAACAGAAGGUCUUGAGAUUCUAAGUGGGAAUCAUUUCAGUGACUGUCAUGUGACAUGGGUCUCUGCCCAAGCUCGUAAUGAGACAAUAGCAAGGCGGCUGUGGGACGUCAGUUGUGACCUGCUGGGCCUCCCAAUGGACUAACAGGCAGUGGCAGUUGGACCCAAGAGAAGACUGCGGCAGACUACACAGUACUUCUUGUCAAAAUGAUUCUCCUUCAAGGUUUCCAAAACCUUUAGCACAAAGAGAGCAGAACCUUCCAGCCUUGCCUGCUUGGUGUCCAGUUAAAACUCAGUGUACUGCCAGAUUCAUCUAAAUGUCUAUCAUGUCCAGAUUUACUUUGCUUCUGUUACUGCCAGAGUUACUAGAGAUAUCAUAAUAGGAUAAGAAGACCCUCAUAUGACCUGCAUAGCUCAUAUUUUCCUUCUGAAAGAAACUACUACCUAGGAGAAUCUAAACUAUAGCAGGGAUGAUUUAUACGAAUUUGAACUAGCUUUUCUAUUCACAAUUCAGUUUCUCCCAACCAACCAGUCUUCACUUCAAAAGGGCCACACUGCAACCUCAGCUAAACUCCAUGAGCUCAGGAGCAGGGCUUGACCAGGUGUGGUGGAUCACCGGAGGUCAGUAGUUCAAGACCAGCCUGGCCAACAUGGUGAAACCCCACCUCUGCUAAAAAUACAAAAUUAGCCGGGCAUGGUGGCACACACCUGCAAUCCCAG